AUGACUGGACGCGGCAAAGGUGGCAAGGGUCUCGGAAAGGGUGGCGCCAAGCGUCACCGCAAGAUUCUCCGUGACAACAUCCAGGGUAUCACCAAGCCCGCUAUCCGCCGUCUCGCGCGCCGUGGUGGUGUCAAGCGUAUCUCAGCCAUGAUCUACGAAGAGACCCGUGGUGUCCUCAAGACUUUCCUCGAGAGCGUUAUCCGUGACGCUGUCACCUACACCGAGCACGCCAAGCGCAAGACCGUCACCUCCCUCGACGUUGUCUACGCCCUCAAGCGCCAGGGCCGUACCCUCUACGGUUUCGGUGGUUAA